GGUUGUAGAGGCGAAUGGAUUCAUUCAUAGGACAAGUUCUGCUGCUGUGCACCGUAAUACUAGCUAACGUCCUCCAGCGUACAUUGAGCGGACUUUAUGGAUCUAUAAUCGCAUAUUUGACGAGCGGAUAAAGGACAGCGCUCCGAGGAUUUUAAACUAAACGAGAGGACUUCUCAGCAGAUUGAAUUGGGACGUUUUCCCCGUAAACGCGGGGAACUGGAUUAAGCUUCUUCAUGCAACUUUUUUGGAAAGAAACCAAGAGCAUCUCGCCGGGAAAUAGCAAAAAGAUAAGCAACGGCUACCUCUUCUUUAGUAAUCGUCUUGUGUGCCGCUGACCUGCAAUUGUAGGUGACAUCGCGCUCUCUCUGGUAACUGCAGGUGUCGCGUUCUCUCUCGGUCGCUCCGGGGAGAUGUACCAAGGGUUCCCCGGCGACCCAGACAGCGGAUCCCCUGGAAGCUCCUCUCCAUCUAUAGAGUCCCAGUACCUUUCUUCCGUGGACUCCUUCGGAAGCCCGCCGACCACCAGUGCUCCGCAGGAGUGUGUGUCAGCGGGAGCUGGCUUGAGCAUUGUGGGCAGCGGGCCAGGGCCCAGUGUAGGAGGGGAGAUGCCUGGUUCAUUCGUGCCCACCGUCACCGCCAUCACCUCCAGUCAGGAUCUGCAGUGGAUGGUACAGCCGACCCUCGUCUCCUCCCAGGCCUCUGGACUAAGUGGGUCCACUGGGCCCGCAACCAUGACCCAGCCAGUGUCACUGGCUGACCCAUAUGACAUGCCAGGCCCCAGUUAUUCCUCUGGGUCUACAUUUACCCCUCCAAGUUCGGAAACUCCGGGCCCAUCUGUGGGCCCCAUCCGCCAGUCCAGAACCCGCAGUCGCCGUACACGAGAGGAGUCUGUGAGUGAGGAUGGAGAUGUUGGUGUGUUACUAACACCUGAGGAGGAGGAGAAAAGGCGUGUUCGGCGAGAGAGAAACAAGUUGGCUGCCGCCAAAUGUAGAAACCGCAGACGGGAACUCACAGACAGACUGCAGUCGGAGACGGACGUACUGGAGGAGAAGAAGGCAGAGCUGGAGGCUGAGAUCUCUGAGCUGCAGAAGGAGAAGGAGCGUCUGGAGUUCGUCCUGGUGGCCCACCAGCCAAACUGUAAGAUGCCAUACCAGGACCAAUCUCAGCACAGCUCAGCGCAGCUCCCUCCAAUCCAGCCCCAGCUCCCUCCCCAGACCUUAGAACCUCCUGUCUCCAUUUUGGGCUUACCUGUGAAGGAAGACUCUUUCUACCUGCCUCCUGCCUACACAGCCCAUCCGGCCUCUACACAGCCCCAGCCUUCGGUUCAGCAGCAAGUCCAGCAGCAGCCUCAGCCAGGGUCAAUGCAGGAGGUAGAGUUUAUUAGUUCUUUCUAUGGCUCAAGUGAGCUGGCAUCAGGCGGGCCGUGCCUCAUGGCCUGCGACAGUGGUGGUGGUGGUGGUAACCAUGACGAUGCGGCCAUUGGCAGCUACAACACCUCAUACACAUCUUCAUUUGUGUUCACCUACCCAGAGGGAGCCUGCGGGGUCAGUGCCAACCAGCGGAACAGCAGUAGCGAGCAGUCUUCUGAUUCCCUGAACUCGCCUUCGCUGCUGGCGCUCUGACUAACCGACAGACAGCCGCACACACAUAUAAACAAGCACAUACAUAAUGCUUGCUGGAGGUAGAGGCUGAAGCAUGUAGAGUACCUAUUAGUCUCACAGAUUGAGGAAAAACAACCAAUCAUUUGUUCCUGUUUGGGUUAAAGUUUACACAUUCACGCAUUCCAAUCAAGAGCCAUACAAAUAGUUGCACACAAAUUACAUUAGAUCUAACCUGUAACAACAAUAUUUAUCAUUUGUUGUUUUGUCUUUACGGAAUACCUGCAACUGGAUAAGAUAAGUGACUAAAAACUGAGUCACAAAAUCAUGUCCAAGUUGCAAAUCUUAACUGCUCUGAAUUGACAGAUUUAUUCACAAUAAAUAUUCUCAAUCUUCAACCUGUACAGUACAUUGAGUAAGAUACCACAAGCUCACUUUACACUCCAAUAAGCACCAGAGCCCCCACCUUGUUCCCUCUGUCGGUUGAGUUUUAAAGUGCUCUUGCUCUCAUCCUUUUUCAUCCUUUUCUCCCUUCUUCCUCUCGCUGAAUGUAUUUGUGCAUAUCUGAAAUAGGGACGAAGGACACUUUGUUCAGAGUCUUUUCUUGAGGGAAACAGACUGAUUUCUCGCUCACCUCUAACCCUUUAUCUGCUCGACUUCCCUCUGCUUCUUCAUUUUCUGCUUGGACUUUGCAAGUUGGGGAUCUGAAUAUCCCAGCCUUCACUAAAUCUUGUGCUUUCUUCUCUGUUUAAAAAAAAAAAUCUCUUUUGCCGUCUGCCUACCUGCCAUGAGACCCAUCUCUGCCCAUCUGUUUCUCUCCUAUCUCUAUGUUUUUCACUCUCUCUGAAGUCUUCAACCCCAGAGAGCCCGAAGACCCCCUCCAGCCCUUGGGACCUUGAGUGAAUGACGGCCCAACUAGCACGCCCUUUUGCACCCUCUCAUACAAGGAAAUGGACGCAACCCCCAUCCCCCGCCCCCUUUGGAACGCAUUGCUCAAAGCAGAUCCUUACAGUGAACAGCAGCUAAAUAUACGUACUUUCACACACGCACAUAGAUGCAUAAUUGGUGAACGCAAAAUGCAAGACGGAUGCCAGUCUUUCGCUGAGCCAUUUUUCGAUCUUCACACAAUGAAGAUUAGACACGUCUUAGGUUGUGAGGCUGCUUAAAAGUGUGGAUGGAGACAGGUUCGACAGGAAGGGAGGAAGGAAGUGCAACCAAGCUGGACAUACUCAAAUAGAGAGGUGAUGGACAUGGAGGAUGACUCUUGUCCUAACCAUCCAUUUUUACAACCAAAUGUUGAAAACGCAGAAUGAGCCAAAUGUUAAAAGCAAAGAAAGAAAGAAAAAAAAAAUGCUCUUGCCAACUGAGUGGAAGGGGUGGCCUCAGUAAAAACACCCCCAUACCACAGAGCCAGGGCCUACAUGCAAAUGUUCACACCAUCGCUUUCAAGUCCCUGAACUGAAGAUAGAGACUUUUUGUUGCAGUGCACCAGCUCUGUGUAAUCAAUCAGAUGUGAACUGAUGCCUCUCUUUAGAGGUGUUUUUUGUAGUGAAUCAGACAACCUCUAAACAUUUGGGCUCAGCGGUCUCUGUACCUCCCCUGUUCUCUCAGCGGAGAUGAGGUGGGGGUGCGUUUAUUGUGAGUGCAUCUACUCUGAGGCACCUGGCCCGUUUAUUUCUUUCUUUAUUGAGGUUGAAGUGGGGAGUGAGCACAAAUACAGACCUAGAAACAAAAGGGGAGAACAUGUGUGCUGAUGUCGUGGAGUCAGCGUCCUUUCUUUGCCUGUGAAUUUUAACAAUUUAUUUUUCCUGUAUGUUUGAGUGAGAAUUGUUAUAUAUUUUAAUGUUUGUUUGUGUGUUUGACUGUUUUGCAUUGACCUCUGCUUUCCCUUGUACUGUUGCCGUUUUUUUGUUUUUAAUCUGGUGAUUUUCUCAUAACUGUUACUAUUAUUAUUGCGUCGUAUCUAUUGUUUCAUUAUUUUAUUGUAUUUUCAGUUGGCAACUUUGGAGGCAUGGUGUGCAUUACAACAACAACAAAUCUAAUUAUAAAUCUAUUAUGCAUAUACAUAUAUACUGGUAACAUGUAUAUAUAAGUGUAUGUACCAUGACUGUAAAGUAUGAAUGUCUGCAGAUCCAAAUGGGAUAUUUUGUCAAUGAAGAACAAGAUAAAAAUGUUACUGAGAUUUAGUUUUAAAAUGACUAUUUUUCUAGAGGAACAAAAAAGCUAUGAGAAAUUUAAAGUACUGCCCUGUCCCACAACAUGAAGCACGAUGUCACUGCAUCUAUCAAUGGGUGUUUAUGUUUUAUAAACAAUAUAAAGCACUAGCCAAGUUACAUUAAAUGUAUGUUUAUAGUUAUGAUGUUACAAGGUUGUGGUAAUGCCUUUGUUUUUUCUCUGUGAGGUCUGUCCCAAAGCUACUGACACCUUAAUGCCACUUGAUCCUUAGCAGACGCAAAAGGUAGAAAAACAAAACAAGUGCGAUUGAAUGUAAUUACACAUAUUAAAAGUGUUCAGACUACAACAUAUAAUGACUAAACUCCUUCAUGUAAGGACAAAGUAUUUCUUAUGCAUUCCUGUCCAGUAUAAACAUAUCACUCAAUAACAUUGUUAUUUCCUAACUGAAACCUGUGUUUGAAGGAUAACCGCAGUUUUAGCCUUGAUAUGAACAUUAUCAUGUUAACCCAUUCUCGUACUUAAACAAAUCUGUUGUCUAAUUGAGAUGCUCAUUUCUUGUGAUUGUAUUUGCUGGAUAAGAAGCUUUAUUUUCAAUAAAUAAACAUGUUUAUUCAAAAACAAUGGCUAGAUUAAUGGUAUAAAUGUGUGUUCAAAUGUGGCUCUUGGUGGUCAGAAAAUGGGCAGACCGUAUUUUUUAAAUGUUGAAUAACGACUGUGUUUGUACAGUAUGUUGGAGAUGCCUUUUGAUUUCUCUCCAAAUGCAAAUGUGAUGAGAAUAUGUUCUGGUGUCAGAAUAAGCAUAAAACAUAUUCAAUAGUUCUCAUGUAUAUAGGUUUUUGUGGUGCUACUUACACUGUAAUGGUGAGGCAGUUUCACAUUGUAUGGUGGAAGGUUACACAUUGCUGUCGCUGAGGCUCCAGACAAAUGAAUGCACUGCUUUUCUCACUGGGACGUUUAAUUCAGAAUGGAAGCCAAUAACACAAUGAAUUCCCAGCAGCUGAAGCUCUGAGAGCCCAGUAGUCACUCUGUGAUUUCAUUAUGGUUUAAUAUCAAUUGCCUGCUACAUCUUUAAGUGUGAUAAAUAGAUCUCAGAGGGCCCUUGUACUGUACCUGCCCUCCACACUUAUGCCCCAGAUCACAACACAACAUAUUGUAACUCAUUCUUUCAUCUACUUUCUUUGCCUUGGAUUUCAUUGAAUUUGCUAUAAAUCAUGUUUUCUCUGUAAGGUUACAAUCACAAAUUGGUUGCUGGUGAAUUGGAAAAGGUGACAUAGAAGGAAAAGGAGAAGUAUUUAGCUAGCAGUUCUAAGACAGAGAAACUGCCUGCACUUAAUUGUACUGUAUAUGGCUACAUUAGCAUUAACGGAACAAGAGCUUUCCUAUUUUUCUAUAAUGGGGUGAAUGUUGCUAUGUAUUUCUAUUUUUCCACAAGUCCCAUAUACGCUCUAAUUUCAUAUUUUCCCUGGUAUGAAAUGCAAUACUUAUUGUCUUCUUGGAUAAACAUAAUGUAGCAAAUCAUGCAGUGCUCAAACUGACUGCUACUAUAUGUCAAGUGUGAUGAUAUAUUGCUUCAAUUAUCAAUUGUUGUUACAAUAUUAAAAGUUAUCAUCAAUACUUACUGUAACAUUUGGGUUUGAGACAAUCUUCAUGAAGCUGUGUGUUACAAUUUAUCUAAAAAAUUUAUGUUUUUUUCAUUUAUUAAUGGUGUGCAGAGAAACUAGCAAGGUUCAUCCAUUUCAAAAAGCCAAUGCUUCUUUUCUAAUCCAUUCCUUUUAUCAAAGUUUCAUCAUUUUUUCUAACUAUUUACUCUGUAUUUCUUUUUCUGGGAGAAAAUUUUGCAAUUUGGUCAAAUUUGGAAACAGAGGGCAUGUGAUUUGAUACAUUUUGAGGUUACAGCAGCAAAAGCCCCAAAUAAACUUUGUUCUAGAUGUAACAUUGUCAGACUUAUGUCAGGCAUCUGUAUUAUUUAGAUAAAAAUUGUCCAUAUUUUAUCAUUCCAUAUAAUUAACAUAACUUACUAGUUUUCUGCACAUACCUAUAAAGUACUGUUUCCUUAUUUUUAUAACUUUAAUUUGCUUUUAAUCUUGAUAAGGACCAAAGUGUAUGACAAAUUUGCCAUGUUGCUUUUUGUAGUCACUGCUCUCUUAUCCUCUACGCAUAUUUCAGCUUCUGGCCCUUUUGCUGUCUUAUAAAAGUUGACAUUAUAAAGGAUUUUCUCUAUUUCUAGACUGCAAAAGCUGGGUGAGCUGUCUCCUUUAAUGAUGGUUUGACCAAAUGCCAUUCAUUUCCAAAUUGUGAAGAAAUUACAUAAAUAAACACCAUAUUAUAAGGUC